UACAUUCUGUUGUAAAGCGUCAGGGGCAGCGGUGAAUACUCCAUUAGCAAAAAAAAAUCAAUAUUUUUUUUAAACUGGCUCAUUUUUUUUUAAGAUAAAGGUGAUCAAUAUUUUGAUCCAAUAUUUGGUUUUAUAUUCAGAUUUUGUUCUGAAUUAUUGAUUAUUUUUCAAAACAUUUGUUCUGAUCAUGCUGUCACAAUUUCUGUUCAUAUGGUUUAAGUUGAAUGGGAAUGCAGUGGUAACCGAACACACCCAUUCCCCCAACAGCCGGACCGUGUCUCAAAGUGACAAAAGCAUCCGGAAUCGUUUUUACACCGCUUUCCGACAUGAAAAAACUUCAACUACACUUUUUAGGCUUAUAGAUUUUACAUUCAAGCAGCCCUUGCUCGUAAAUCAUAAUUCAGCCGUGCAAAACGGUUUCUCUGACUUGAAUUUAAUGACAUCAUGGUGAAAACAUUUGUUGUUUUUUGGGGGGGGGGCUGAGUAGCUGGGCGGAUGUUAUGGACUGCGAGUCACUGAGUUGCACAUUUCCUAGCAGAGAUUCUCCAGAAGAAUACACUGAUUUGACUAUUGACAAACAGCAUGAAAGACCGAUUGCUACCUGAUGCAGAAGACAGCCACUGAGUGUGUUGAAAGAGCCAAUCAUCAUUUUCAACUAUGGCCGCUGUUCUUCAUGUGUGUGUGACGACCUGUCUGCUCUCGGUGGUCCUCUGCCAAUCCAUUUAUUCCUCACCAAAGAAAGGACGCAACAUCACUAUCCACUCGUCUAAUCUGGUUUGCAGCCUUCCAGGCCCGGUGGGGCCUGCGGGGAAUCCAGGAGCCCCUGGGUCACCUGGGGCAAUGGGGCCAAUAGGAGCGCCUGGGAAGGAUGGUCCAGAUGGGCAGGAUGGAGAGAAAGGAGAAAAAGGAGAUGAAGGUGAUCAUGGCAGAGCCGGCAAUCCAGGCAAGCCGGGUUUAAAAGGCCGUGCGGGCUUCAUUGGCAAGGCCGGUCCUCGGGGACUAAAGGGCCAACGGGGGUCACCGGGGCCGGCUGGAAAAAGGGGGCAAAAAGGAGACGAGGGGGACACCGGUCAGAGAGGAGAAGCGGGAGGCUGCGAUUGCGGCGCCGCCGCCCGAUCCGCUUUCUCGGUGGCCGUGUCAAAGAGUUACCCCAAAGAACGCACGCCCAUUCGCUUCGGCCGCAUUUUGCUCAAUGAGGGCAACCACUACAACGUGAGCAGUGGCAAGUUUGUCUGCGCCAUCCCCGGAGUCUAUUACUUUGCCUACGACAUCACUGUGGCCAAUAAGCACCUCGCUAUCGGGCUGGUGCACAACGGACAGUACAAGAUUAAGACGUUUGAUGCAAAUACAGGGAAUCACGAUGUGGCGUCCGGUUCCACUGUCCUCCACCUCCAGCAAUUAGACCAGGUCUGGUUGCAGAUCUUUUACUCGGAGCAGAAUGGACUCUUCUUUGAUCCCUUCUGGACUGACAGCACCUUCACAGGUUUCCUUAUCUACGCUGAUCAGGCUGAUACAAAAGUUAAUUUACAGGGUGACGCUUGAUAUUUUUUUGAUAGUUGAUAGUCUGAUAGUUUCUCAAUCUUUUUUUUUUUUUUUUUUUUAUAUAUAUCUCCCUGUAAGACAAAAUUGUUUUUUUUUUUAGGAAAAAAAUACAUUUGGUGUGCCUUCACUUGUCUAAGUCAUUUUAAUAAUAACAAUGAAGCAGAUAAAAUUGCUCCAUUACUAAAAAUAUUAGCUUUGAUGGCCCCCUUCCUGAUAAAUCUAAAUAAGUCUACCUCCUCUUGUACUAUUGUAAUGGAUUGUUUUCAAUGUGUUUGAUGAAGAUGAUCUCUGCCUUAGGUUUUCCAGUUUAGUUUGUGGCCUUUAUGUGGGGGGAAAAGGUGUGAACGUCCCUGGUUACAUGAUCAAAUACUGACACUAGAUGGCGCUACAAACAAACUCUAAACAACUGAAUAAAAGUGAAGUAGUUUUGGAAUGAUUUGAAUGCGCUUCAGCAUAUUACAAAUUGCGAAGCCAACAUUUUUAAGUUUUGUUCUUAUUCCAUCCAUUUUUGCAUAAGAUUUCAGCGAUCCAAACCAUUCCAACUUGAAAAAAAACCUCUUUCAGCACACAUCAAACUAUUCACGUUCCCCAAAGUUCCACAUCAUCCAUGAUAAAAUUUCACAUGAACGCAAACACACUGAACCUGUCCCCGGUACUCGCUGCUCCGAUAUUUUCACAAUAAAACUUUUGUAAAUUUUAAGGUU